UCUCAAUCAUUGGAUAAGAAACGCUGGCGCUUAACGAUACAAUAAAUACCGGUUCAAUCGCAUGAUAGAUGUCAAAAGGAUAAACAGGGGAUCUGUUAAUUAUUCAAAAUAAAAGAUUUAUCGUAGAUUUAUCAAAAUUAUCAGAAUGAGUACUUCGAUAACUUUAAUACGAUUGUUGAUUUAUACGGUGAUAUUCCACCAUGUUGCACCAUGUUGUAUGGGCUCGGAUAACUGGUACAAACAACUCGAUAUCUCCCAAAUAAACAAUGAAAUUCGAAAAGCUGUUGAAAGAAUUGAUAAAAGGUAUCGUUCAGAGGAUAUUAUAUUAUCAAAUAUUAAUGGUUUUACAAUUGGAAGCCCGGUUCAUGGACAACUGAUCGAUUCUAUGCCUUCCAAAGACGGAGAUUUAGGAUCUCGAAAUGCUGAAAUUAUAUUUGAAGUUUCACGAAGUUUAAAGGAUACAUAUUGUCUGAAGCACGGGUUAAGUGAUAUACAAUGUGCCAAAGAUUUAACGAAGAUAAAACUGAAUGGGACAACAUUGGGUGAUAUGUGUAUGUCCCAGUAUUACAUAAACAAUUCGUGCAUCUGGAAGGACUUUGACUAUCGUAGUGCUGACGGAUCUUGUAACAACCUGAAACGUAAAUAUUUGGGAAAGGCAAACACGCCUUAUAAACGUUUGCUGUUUCCAGUAUACACAGAUGGUGUUUACGAAAUGCCAAAUAUUAACGAAAAAAAGCUGCCUAAUCCUAGAUCAGUGAGCUCAAGUCUUGUAAAAGACGAGGACUCUCCUGACCUCACAAAAACAAUGAUGAUGGCGUACUGGACGAUGUUCAUAGGCCACGAUCUAUCCCACACGGCAGUUUCUACUAUGGGGAAAGAUAACAGAUUUGUGGAUUGUUGUGAUAAGGACAAAAGUAUUCAAUAUACUCUGAACAAAAACAUAAGGUCCUGCAAGCCCAUAUUUAUACCGGGUGGAGAUUGGUUUUUUAAACCGGAUCUGUUUGAUUACAAGGACUGCAUGAACUACGUGCGUUCGCGGCCAGCUGUGAAUUCUGAUUGUACAUUUGGACCCAUGGAACAAAUGAACCAAGCUACCCAUUAUUUAGACGCAUCGAUGAUAUACGGUACGACGGAACAACAAACGUUGUCGUUGAGACAAAUGUCGCUUGGCCAACUUUUAGUACAAAGAAUGAGCAAAAAUUCUGACAAUGAGGUCCCACAAGCCCAGGAUAUCUUGCCGCUGGAAACCACCGAUACGAACGCUUGUCAGAACGGUUCCGGCACGUGUUUUAUGGCUGGUGACAUUCGAGCAAACUCGUUUCCACCACUGAAUGCCGUGCAUACACUGUGGGUAAGGGAACACAACCGGGUAGCUGGAGAACUGUAUAAAGAAAAACUCUUCUGGACUGACGAAGAACUUUUCCGAGAGGCCAAGAAAAUCGUGACGGCGUGCAUACAGCACAUCACGUACAACGAAUGGCUGCCGGCACUGCUUGGCGUUAACUACACCAAGGAAAACGGUUUGGGACUGGGACAAAGAACCACGUACGAUGAGACUGCUGACCCGACAGUUAGCAACAGCUUCGCGACCGCGAUACUGCCAUUUGCCAAUUCUAUGAUCAGCAAUUCAAUUAGUUUAAACUGGCCAUCGAGCUUUCAAGGAGUGGUAUCGACGCAUACAUUGAAUUUCGAUGUUUCUAUACAGAAAAAUUAUAACAAACCGCUUUUGUUGACAAACUUUUGGAUGACCGAUUACUGGUUUCAAGAGGAUAGUAUCCGAUUUAUGUUAAUAGGACUAAUUUUGAAGGCUACACAAAAAGUCGAUAUGCUGUUUGCACAAUCGAUUACAAAUUACCUUUAUAAUAUUGAUCCAAAAGGUUCGUAUGGAAUGGACAUUCUCAGUUUGGAUAUACAACGAAGUCGCGAUCACGGUAUUCCAAGCUACACGCAAUUUAGAAAAUAUUGUGGACUAAAAGACAUAGAAAAGAUGCAAGAUUUGUCUGAGAUCAUGAUGGAAGGUUCAGCUGAUAGAUUGUUGAAGCUAUACAAAACUUGGAACGAUAUAGAUCUGUUGGUUGGUGCUUUGUUGGAGAAACACGUUGAUGACGCAAUGGUCGGCCCUACGAUGCAGUGUAUAAUCAGGGAACAAUUUGUAAGAACUAGAAUUGCAGAUAGAUAUUUUUAUGACGUACCAGGAGUAUUCUCUGAUUAUCAACUGGAGAAUAUCAAACGUGUAACGCUUGCCAGAGUUCUAUGUGAUAAUGCUUUUCCUUUGGAGAUGACACCACAAGUUUUUUUGAGACAAGCGGAUGGUCUUCGUUCAACUCAUCAUUGUGAUUCAACAUUAAUUCCGAAAAUGACCUUGAUUGGUUGGUUUGAUAAAUUGGAAGACAACUUUUUUGGUGUAAAUUAACACUAAAAAUCAAUUUUACACAUUCGAAUAAGCAAUUUUUUUUUGAUAAUAUAAUCGAUCUGAUUUGAAUAAUUUAUUUUAUCAAUCUUCACCUUUUUGUACAGACAACGUAAUAAUUUAAGAUGCACUGGCUUACAAGAUUACGACGUAACCAGUAUCACCCACCGACUAUAUUUCAACAGUCACUCACAUUACUUCCGGAAAAAACUAUUACAAAAUAUUAUAUGAUAUAUUUAAUUAUAAUUUAUUAACAUUGAAGAAACAAUGAUAUUAGUUUUUUUUAAAUUAUAAGUUUUAUCCUUUUU